GAUGUCCAGCACGCCCUAGGCAUCGCCUAUUACAGACUAGGAGAUUUCCGGAAAGCCAUCGAGUACCAUGAACGACACCUCAAAAUUUCGAAAGAAGUGGGAGACAGGGCAGGAGCAGGAAUAGCGUACUGUAAUCUUGGCAUGGCCUAUGACAGUCUUGGAGAUUUCCAGAAAGCCAUAGAGGUCCAUGAACGACACCUCGAAAUUUCGAAAGAAGUGGGAAACAGGGCAGGAGAAAGAAAAGCGUACGGUAAUCUUGGGGUCGCCUAUAGUCAUCUUGGAGAUUUUCAGAAAGCCAUAGAGUACCAUGAACGACACCUCAAAAUUUCAAAAGAAGUGGGAGACAGGGCAGGAGCAGGAAAAGCGUACUGUAAUCUUGGCGUCGCCUAUCGUCAUCUUGGAGAUUUUCAGAAAGCCAUAGAGUACCAUGAAGGACACCUCAAAAUUUCAAAAGAAGUGGCAGACAGGGCAGGAGAAGGAAAAGCGUACGGUAAUCUUGGCAACGCCUAUGAUAGUCUUGGAGAUUUCCAGAAAGCCAUAGAGUACCAUGAACGACACCUCAAAAUUUCGAAAGAAGUGGGAAACAGGGCAGGAGCAGGAAUAGCGUACUGUAAUCUUGGCAUGGCCUAUGACAGUCUUGGAGAUUUCCAGAAAGCCAUAGAGGUCCAUGAACGACACCUCGAAAUUUCGAAAGAAGUGGGAAACAGGGCAGGAGAAAGAAAAGCGUACGGUAAUCUUGGGGUCGCCUAUAGUCAUCUUGGAGAUUUUCAGAAAGCCAUAGAGUACCAUGAACGACACCUCAAAAUUUCAAAAGAAGUGGGAGACAGGGCAGGAGCAGGAAAAGCGUACUGUAAUCUUGGCGUCGCCUAUCGUCAUCUUGGAGAUUUUCAGAAAGCCAUAGAGUACCAUGAAGGACACCUCAAAAUUUCAAAAGAAGUGGCAGACAGGGCAGGAGAAGGAAAAGCGUACGGUAAUCUUGGCAACGCCUAUGAUAGUCUUGGAGAUUUCCAGAAAGCCAUAGAGUACCAUGAACGACACCUCAAAAUUUCGAAAGAAGUGGGAAACAGGGCAGGAGAAGGAGGAGCGUACGGUAAUCUUGGCAAUGCCUAUCGCAGUCUUGGAGAUUUCCAGAAAGCCAUAGAGUACCAUGAACGAGACCUCAAAAUUUCAAAAGAAUUGGGAGACAGGGCAGGAGAAGGAAGCGCGUACGGUAAUCUUGGCGUCGCCUAUAGUCAUCUUGGAGAUUUUCAGAAAGCCAUGGAGUACCAUGAACGAAUCCUCAAAAUUUCAAAAGAAGUAGGAGACAGGGCAGGAGAAGGAGGAGCGUACGGUAAUCUUGGCGACGCCUAUAGUCAUCUUGGAGAUUUUCAGAAAGCCAUAGAGUACCAUGAACGACACCUCAAAAUUUCAAAAGAAGUGGGAGACAGGGCAGGAGAAGGAAAAGCGUACUGUAAUCUUGGCGUCGCCUAUCGUCAUCUUGGAGAUUUUCAGAAAGCCAUAGAGUACCAUGAACGACACCUCAAAAUUUCAAAAGAAGUGGGAGACAGGGCAGGAGAAGGAAAAGCGUACUGUAAUCUUGGCGUCGCCUAUCGUCAUCUUGGAGAUUUUCAGAAAGCCAUGGAGUACCAUGAACGACACCUCAACAUUUCGAAAGAAGUGGGAAACAGGGCAGGAGAAGGAGGAGCGUACGGUAAUCUUGGCGUCGCCUAUCGUCAUCUUGGAGAUUUCCAGAAAGCCAUAGAGUACCAUGAACGACACCUCAAAAUUUCGAAAGAAGUGGGAAACAGGGCAAGAGAAGGAGGAGCGUACGGUAAUCUUGGCAAUGCCUAUCGCAGUCUUGGAGAUUUCCAGAAAGCCAUAGAGUACCAUGAACGACACCUCAACAUUUCGAAAGAAGUGGGAGACAGGGCAGGAGAAGGAAGCGCGUACGGUAAUCUUGGCAAUGCAUAUCACAAUCUUGGAGAUUUCCAGAAAGCCAUAGAGUACCUUGAACGACACCUCAACAUUUCGAAAGAAGUGGGAGACAGGGCAGGAGAAGGAAAAGUGUACAGUAAUCUUGGCAACGCCUAUCACAGGCUUGGAGAUUUCCAGAAAGCCGUUCAGUGUUAUAAGAACAGUGUUAUAGCCUUCGACUAUAUUAGGAGAAAUCUCAUAUCUAAAGACGAAUGGAAGAUUACCCUUAAAAGUACGUAUGAUCAUGUUAAUUUGAGGCUGUGGGAGCUGCAGUUUAAGGAAGGUAAAGUCAUUGAGGCACUUUUAACUGCUGAUCAAGGACGUGCACGAGCUUUAAAUGAUCUUAUGGAGUUCAAGUAUGGCCUUAAAGGGUUACAUCCAGAAAUAGAAACACUUUCUGCAAGACCACGUGACUUUGCUAGUUACUUACCACCAAAUACAGCUUUCAUGGGUAUCAGCGAGGGAGGAAUAGUUGUCUGGGUGAACGAGAAAGGAAAUCAAAUCAAAACUAGAAGAACUGAGAUUGACAUCUCCGUCACAACCUAUUUUCAGUCUCUAUUGGAGGCUACACAUAACGAAAUAGGUUUAGGAGCUGAUGUUAAUUGUGAAAAUCGUUCAUUAAGUAACCCAAGCGAUAAGAAGUUAGCAGAAGAAAGAUCAAGUAAGUCUCAUCCUUCAUAUUUUGAGACAAAGUCAUUGCAAACAUUUUACAACGUUGUUAUAGACCCUAUAAGAGACUUACUCCAGGGCGAUGAAAUUGUGAUUGUUCCAGAAGGACCUCUGUGUUUGGCGCCUUAUGCUGCUUUCAUGGACUUAAAAUCAAAGUACCUCUGCGAAACGUUUAGAAUUCGUCUGCUCCCCUCGCUUUCUAGUCUUCGAUUAAUCCAAGACUGUCCAGCAGACUGGCACAGCAAGACUGGCGCUCUUCUCGUCGGCGAUCCGUGGGUACAGGAAGUAACGACGCUAGAGCAGUUAGCGUGGGCCGAAAAAGAAGUGCAGAUGAUUGGGGAAAUUCUUCACACUGUACCUCUCGUUGGAAAGCAGGCAACAAAAGAUGAAGUUUUAAGACGUAUCUCCUCUGUAGCUUUGGUGCAUAUUGCUGCUCACGGUGAAAUGGAAACGGGAGAAAUUGCCUUGGCCCCAAACACAACGCGUUCAUCCGUGAAUCUAGCCGAGGAGGACUAUCUCUUAACUAUGAAAGAUGUUUUACAGGCGCAGAUUAGGGCAAGACUUGUUGUACUUAGUUGUUGUCAUAGUGCUCAAGGAGAAGUCAAAUCUGAGGGUGUGGUCGGCAUCGCACGAGCGUUUUUGGGUGCCGGUGCUCGUGCUGUUCUAGUUUCCCUGUGGGCGAUUGACGACGAAGCUACUAUGGAGUUUAUGAAAGUUUUCUACCAACAAUUAGUCCAUGGACGAUGUGCCAGUGAGGCCCUGAAUAGAGCCAUGAAAUCCAUGAGAGAAUCUGACCGCUUUAGCGCAGUGAAGUACUGGGCGCCGUUUGUUCUCAUUGGUGAUGACGUAACGCUCGAGUUUGAAGGCAUCCAAUAA